AUGUUCAAACUCGCUUGCCUUUUCCUGCUUGUUGUCUCCGGAUUCGCUGUCGACGUUGACGAAGAGGAGAAUGUGCUCGUCCUUACUAAGGACAACUUUGACGAGGUUAUCAACGGUCAUGAGUUUGUGCUUGCCGAAUUCUACGCUCCUUGGUGCGGUCACUGUAAGGCGCUUGCCCCUGAGUAUGCGAAGGCAGCAACCCAAUUGAAGGAGGAAGGUUCAGCGAUCAAGUUAGCGAAACUGGAUGCAACCGUCCAUGGUGAUGUUGCAAGCAAGUUCGAAGUUCGCGGAUACCCAACCCUAAAACUGUUCCGCAAUGGAAAACCCAGUGAGUACAAUGGUGGGCGCGAUGCUGCAUCGAUAAUCGCUUGGUUGAAGAAGAAGACCGGACCAGUUGCGAAGACACUAAUGACUGCCGAUGACGUCAAGUCCCUUCAAGAGGAGGCGGACGUCGUCGUUAUUGGGUACUUUAAGGACGAGAAAGCAAAUGUUUAUCUAGAAGUUGCCAGUGGAAUAGAUUCUAUUCCGUUUGGAAUUACCUCUGAGGAUGCUGUCAAGAAGCAUCUUGAGCUCAAGGACGAGGGAAUCGUCCUUCUAAAGAAGUUUGACGAAGGACGCGCCGUAUUUGGCGAGAAGCUCAACGUCGACAACCUUAAGUCUUGGAUCCAGGCUAACCGUCUGGCACUCGUUUCAGAGUUCACCCAGGAGACCGCGGCUGUCAUUUUCGGUGGUGAGAUCAAGAGCCACAAUCUCCUCUUCGUCUCAAAGGAUUCUAGCGAGUUCGAGAAGUUAGAGACCGAAUUCAAAAAUGCAGCCAAGCAAUUCAAAGGCAAGGUCCUUUUUGUUUACAUUAAUACUGACGUUGAAGACAACGCUCGUAUCAUGGAAUUCUUUGGUCUUAAGAAAGAUGAUUUACCAGCUGUGCGUCUUAUUUCACUUGAAGAGGAUAUGACAAAAUUCAAGCCAGACUUUGUCGAAAUAGACACUGAAAAUAUCGUCAAGUUCACCCAGUCAUAUUUGGAUGGAACUCUCAAGCCUCAUCUUAUGUCCGAGGAGAUUCCGGAAGACUGGGAUAAAGCCCCCGUUAAGGUGCUGGUAGGGAAGAACUUUGACCAGGUGGCACGCGACAAUACAAAGAACGUCCUUGUCGAGUUCUACGCUCCAUGGUGCGGCCACUGCAAACAACUUGCUCCUACCUGGGAUAAGCUCGGAGAGAAGUACGCAGACCACGAGAAUAUCAUCAUUGCUAAAAUGGACGCAACCGCUAAUGAAGUCGAAGAUGUAAAAGUGCAGUCAUUCCCGACGAUCAAGUUCUUCCCAGCUGGAUUGAACAAAGUUAUCGACUACACCGGUGACAGAACUCUUGAAGGGUUCACGAAAUUCCUCGAAAGCGGUGGCAAAGAAGGCGCAGGACCGUCUGACGACGAGAAGGCCGCUGAGGAAGCUGAAGAGGAGGGUCAUACUGAACUCUAA